CUUUAAACUUUAAAAUCCCUAAUAAAGUCCAAAGCCUCCAGAGCUUACUUCUGAGUGGGCUACAGGCAGCAGUUUUUCUGUAAUGAUAGGGAUGAGCUGAAAACGAGUGAAAAUACAAGAAAGCAAAAUGAAAAUCUUUGUUGUUUGGCAGGAAAACAGAUCUCGAGGCCAGCCACAUUUUUCCCGAUUUAACCUUGCAGAAAACCUGCCUGAAGGCGCUACUAGAGUCCAGCCCAAUAGGCCGGAAAUAGAAGGAACCAACACCAGUCUCAAGUUGCCUCUGACAGCUCCAGAAGCCUUGAAAUAUUUUAGAAACCAGUUAACAGUUUAUGAGCAAGAAGAAAUUCUCAACUAUGCAGAGCUGUGGUUUCUUGGGCUGGAAGCUAAAAAGAUUGAAGGGUUACCUGAAACACAGAAUAAUAAUUGUUAUGAUGACGAACAUGGCACUUACAUAAAGGUCCUACAUGACCAUAUCGCAUACCGCUACGAAGUGCUAGAGGUCAUUGGGAAAGGGUCGUUUGGACAAGUAGCAAAAUGUUUGGAUCAUAAAACCAAUGAACUAGUGGCAGUGAAAAUAAUAAGGAACAAGAAAAGAUUUCACAAUCAGGCUUUGGUAGAAGUGAAGAUUCUCGAUGCUCUUCGGAAGAAGGACAAAGACAAUACUCACAAUGUUGUCCAUAUGAAGGAAUGCUUUUACUUUCGCAAUCACUUCUGCAUUUCUUUUGAACUGCUAGGAAUAAAUUUGUAUCAGCUGAUCAAAAAGAACAAGUUCCAAGGUUUUAGUUUGUCUUUGAUUCGACGAUUCACUCAGUGUGUGCUGAGAUGUUUACAAAUGCUCUACCGGGAAAAAAUUAUCCACUGUGACUUGAAACCUGAGAACAUAUUGCUAUACCACAAAGGUCAAAAUUCAGUUAAAGUUAUUGACUUUGGAUCAAGCUGCUAUGAACACCAAAGAGUGUAUACGUAUGUUCAGAGCCGAUUUUAUCGCUCCCCCGAAGUGAUUCUUGGUCACCCGUAUGCUACUCCUAUUGAUAUGUGGAGCCUGGGAUGCAUCAUGGCUGAACUUUACACAGGCUAUCCCCUUUUUCCCGGAGAGAAUGAAGUAGAGCAACUUGCCUGCAUCAUGGAGAUAUUGGGUCUUCCACCAGCUGAUUUUAUUCAGACUGCAUCAAGAAGACGAACAUUCUUUGAUUCCAGAGGUUUUCCUAGAACUAUAACAAACAGCAGGGGGAAAAAAAGACACCCAGACUCCAAAGAUCUAAGUAUGGUAUUAAAAACCCAUGAUGCUGCUUUCCUGGAUUUUCUGAGAGGCUGCCUAAUGUGGGAACCUGCCCUCCGCAUGACUCCAGAUGAAGCAAUGCAGCACACAUGGAUCCAGGAACCACGAAUACAUAAAUCAAAACAAAAUCCCCACUCUGCAAGUGAAAGCUCCUUCUUCACACUAGAGAAGAAGGAGAAUGUACAUAAACACACACUGCCUGGACAAGGAGAAGAAAACACCUGUCAAGAUAUGGUUGAUAAAGUAAAAUGUGAAAUGACUGAAAAUCCUACUGCUGCAACUGAAAGACUAACUCUCAAUGCACGUUCCUCAGACACAAUGGAAAAUAAAGCGCAGAACACAACCAAACAGGUUAUUCCAGAGGAAGAUCUGGAAAGCCCAGUGGAAAAAGCUAUCAAAAGAGACAAAGCAGGACAUAGUAGUGAAACAGCUCUUCACAAAAAUUCAAUGUUCUUACCACCAAUUAAGUAACAUUCUGCACAAGCAGCUACUGGUCUGGUUUCUAUACCUGCCUGGUAUGUUUUGUAGGUAACCAUUUAACUGUACAAUAUUCAAGAACAUCAUUUUAAAUUAUAACUCUCCACACAUGGGCUGUGCACAUUUGUAGACAUUUUUAACCUAGAUUAGUCCAGGUAACCAAAGCAGAAUGUGCGUUGAACGUUCCUGAACGUUACCAACAUUCUUGUUGUGAUCAGAGAUUCUUCACAACCCACAGCAAUAUUUUUAAUAAAAAGGAGACUCUAGAGGUGGAUAGAGACUUAUUCUUGAUAUUAUACUGGGCACUUGCAUUUAAGGACUCCUGCUUCUUGGGAGUUAAAAGCCUAGAAACCGCAGAGAUCAUAGGGUCUGAAUCUCACCCCAUUUAAACCAAUAUAAAUCAUAAAUAAUUCUACUGAGAUUAGUGGAUUUAUACCAGUGUAAAUGAGAGAAGAAUCAAAUUCAUAGUGUCUCCCUCUCUGAGAGGGGAGAGUCAGAUAUGGGCCACUGGCAGAACCUCUCAACAGAAUUAGAAACCCAAGUUAAGUUCUAUAGUGAGGUGCAGACUGCAGACCAGGUAUUUAUAAAAGGCAACAGGAGAGAAGGCUAACAAGCCAUGGUGUGCAUUACACCCUUCUACAGGGACCCCAUUCCCUUUUAUAUCAAACCAGAAGGGUGGAUGAAAGAGAGAGUCAAUGUCCAGGUGAAUGAGCCCUCAAAGAGAGGCUGACUUAAUUCAUAACAAAAUCAGAUUUAUAUGACUGCCAGCCCCAGUCGUUAACCUAUCUUUUGACAUGUCUGUACAGCACCCAGCACAAUAGGGAUCUUAUCCCUGACUGAGGCAAUAGGUGUUACAAAUAAGAGUAAUAAGGGAGCUGUCCUGCAGGAUACAGGGAAUACCCUCUCAGUGCUCUCACCGUGUUCCCAGAGCAGAAGAGCAAUUGGGUGGGUUACUGGAGUCAUACUAUCACACAUAGGCUCUACAGGCAGGAAAAAAUCCUGCAGGACAUAGGAAUGAUCAUAACAAUGAUCUCACAAAGGACCAAGCCAGGGAAACUGUCCUGUAGGAUACAGGGUGACUGUAUCAGUGACUUCCCAGAAGCCCCAUACCAGGUGAGCUUUCCUACAGAAUAGAGGGUUGACUGUAUCAAUGACCUCACAGAGGUGUUGGGCAAGUAAACUGUCCUGGAAGAUAUGAAUUAAGUCAGCCUAUAUCAUGUAUCUUAGAAAAUGUUUGUGCUAAGGGCAAGGGUGCAAGGAACUGCUAAGAGCCAGCAAAGGCAUGAAGGCAAGAGGAUAAAUUGGAUGUCAGAGAUAGAGAGAGCACAGAGUUCAGCAACUGGAACUGUUUGAAGUACUAUCUACAUACCAUCAGGUUCCUGCUUGACACUGGAAACUAUGGGAAGCCCAUGAGUAUUCAACUGAAAUGCUGAUUACCUGUCGGACACUGCUGAUAGUUCUCACAACAUUACCACCUGAAACAUCCCUGCAAUCAAACACUGAAAAACAGACUAUCACCACCUUUAGAAUUGUAGUUGAAUGGCAGAGGGGGAAUUCAGGCUGUUUGAAUUUGAUUAUUAUUCAUUCUCCCUAGCUAUUGUGCUU